CGCCCCACAGACCGCCGCGCGUGCCCAGCCAUGGCUCGCAACUUCGAGCUCCUCUUCGAGUCCCUCGGGCACUUCGGCAGAUACCAGGCGUUGGUUUACUUUGCCUCUGUGUUCCAAUCUAUUUCUUGCGGCAUCCAUUAUCUGUCUUCUGUCUUCUUGGCUGUAACACCAAAGUUUGUAUGUAACAUUGCUGGAAAUGUGAGUCGUGUCCUCGUUUACAAUUCAUCUCAUUCAAACAUAGAGGAUGCCUGGAGUCUGUGGACAUCAACACAAAACUACAUCUUGGUCCAGUUGGAAAAUGGAGACGUUUGGGAGCUUAAUCAAUGCAGCAGGUCUAAACGAGAAAAUGCCUCAGGAUUUACUUAUGAAUAUAGUGGCAACAAGACUGAUUUUCACUGUACAGAUGGAUACAUCUACGAUCACACCAAUUGGCAGAGCACCAUUGUAACCGAGUGGGAUUUGGUCUGUCAGCAGGAAUGGCUUGCAAAAUUAACCCAGCCAACAUUUAUGCUGGGAGUCCUUGUUGGAGCUGUAAUCUUUGGAGAUCUUGCUGACAGGUAUAGUAUGGGGUUUGCAAAAAAUUGCUGGAGGACUUGAGGAAUCUCCUGGCUUUUGAGCUCAUUUACCUUGGGAAAAUGUCUUCCUUUAUACUUCCCAGAGCAUAUUGGAGUGAUAGUUGAAUUGACAUAAUACAAAUAACAGUACAGGUGCUUUCUAAUGCAGCAUUUUCUCUGUUACUGACUUAUUUUGUCUUCACUGACUUUUGGCCUUCAGCUUCUAAGGAAAUUUGCUGCUCAUCUUUACAUUCUACAUUUAAGUUAAUCUAAAGUAGCAAGUAAAGAAAACUUUCACCUCUAAAAUUGCAUGUACCUAGGGUUUUAUUUAAACCAUUUAACACUGUUUGUGCAAAAGCAGCAUUGUUUCCCAUUGGGCUACAAUCGAUUCCUAAUUGCUACGAUUGCAAAUGUAAAUAAUAGAAUCUGGUUUAAGUCAGAUGGAAAUUCAGCUGCAUGAAUUCUUUUUAUCAGUAAGGUCUAACUGAGCUGUGCCUUCCUUCCAACACAUCUGUCUCUGCUAUCAGUUGGGUUUCUUCCCUGCUGAUACAUCCCUGCAGCAAAAAGCAGAGAGCGGCAUAAUUUUUAGAAAAAUAAAUAAACAUGGAUUCAAUUUCUGACCCUUUGUAGGAAAAAUAAACACUUUCUAGAUGUUGACUCUGCUUAGCUUUACUUGCAUCUGGCUUGAAAGCCUGGAGCU